AUGGCCGCCGGUCUAGGUGCGAGUCCAAAUCAUCUGUUAAAAAACGAAAGUUUUACAUGCAAACACUGCAGAAAAAUUGUUGUGAAUUAUGUGAAAUGUGUGAAAUGUCAUGUACCACUUCAUCCAAGUUGUUUGAAGCAAGCAAAUCAAGCAAAAAACCCGGAGUGCCUCCAUACAGUGGAAGAAAUAUGCAGAGUCGAUGCCGUGAGUAAUGAAAUCUCAUUCAAACUGGAAGUGUUCAUGUCUGAAAAUUCCCUUUUGAAACGCAUAAUAAUGAAAUUGGAAGAAAAAAACCAUAUAUUGAAUGAAAAUUGUCAGCUGUUACGCGAUAAAAUUAUAAACAUUGAGAAAAUCCAUCAGUCAUCCCAGAAUGAAGGCAUGGGCGAAGUGAAAAAAACCAAGCCAACAAACCUAAACGACAAAAAAACUUCAGUUCCAGUAUCCGCAUCAACAUCAACAUCUCUCAAGGCAUUCAAGGCCAGCAACCUGCAAACGAUGAAGGAGAAGGAGAACUCUGUGAAGUUAUCCAUAACCUCGCUGUCUUCUUCUAGUCGUGACAGCUCACCUGCUGUUCCUCAUCCUAAAACGGAACAUGGCACAGAACGCAAGACUCAAGUGAAGAAACGAGAAGAGGAAGAUAUCACUAUGAAGAAUGAUAAUAUAAAGAAUAGGAAUCAUAACCAAGAACCUGACCGAAACAAAAACAAAACAGAUUACGAUGAUACAAAUAAUUUGCAAGAGCAGGAAAGGAAAUCCAAAUCAAAUGGAGAUUGGAAAACGGUAGCUUACAGAAGACACAAAAGUAACGAUGGUAAGAGACUCCAGCACAAAUUAUCAACUGGUAGUCGAAGCAACAACGAGGCUAUGGCAGCUUUAAGAGUUGUAAAUAGGCUAAGUUGGAUAUAUCUUUCUGGAUUCCACCCCGAUACAACUAAUCACGACCUACUGAAGUGCCUCGACGGGAAUUUUGCAGAACAAUAUAUAUGUGAACAAAUAACAAAACGUCAAAAUCCAAAAAUGUUAUCCCUUAAGUAA